AAUCUGACUCACAACUUUACACGGGAAAGGAGAAGAGGAGACGAUAAGGCCCUGAUUUGAAGAAAAAGAACAACACACACUCUCCCCUCUUCACAACCAAUCAUCCAUUCCACCCUACACACAAAUCUCUUCCCAACAGAUAAGAGGGCCCCACCUAUCUCUUCCCUCCAACCACACCCUCCUCUAACCCCACCCCACCACCCUGCUCUCUCACAUCUCUCACCGUCAUCCAUCACCCUAUAUCCAUCUCAUCAACGCCACUGACGCCUUCAGCCGCACCCCACUCUCCUGCACCGCGACACACUCAAUCAACUCCCGCAACAACAAAACCCGAUUGUUAACAAGAACCAUACGUACUAAAACGAAAUCACAACAACAACAUCCAUAUCACACACACUCGAUCGCAUACACACACAUACACACUCGCUCUGAUUCCUUCUUGUUCCUCUCUAUUCCGUCUUCGUUCCUGUUCACAUGGAGUCGCGAGUGUUGUCACGCGCCGCAACCUUGUCCUCCCUCCCUCACCUCCGCAAGCUGCCGCGUGAAGCCGUCGCGAGUGCCUCCAUCGUCUCCGUGAAGGCCGUCGCCGACGGCGGAAAUCUCAUAUGGGGGAGGCAGCUCCGACCGGAAUUGUGCUCGCCGGCGCUCAAGAAGGAAACCGUCGUCCUCCGGCCAUGCCUCGCCGCUGCCUCCUCGCCGGCCGAGGGGAGUGAUUCCGGCGGGGAAGCGAAGGUUGCUCCGGUUGGGUUCUUCGAGAAGUACCCCGCUCUCGUCACUGGGUUUUUCUUCUUCACGUGGUACUUUCUGAAUGUGAUUUUUAACAUCCUCAACAAGAAGAUCUACAACUAUUUCCCUUAUCCAUACUUCGUGUCGGUUAUCCAUUUAUUAGUGGGUGUGGCGUACUGUUUGGUGAGCUGGGCCGUGGGCCUUCCUAAGCGUGCUCCUAUAGACUCCAACCUGCUGAAGUUGCUCAUCCCUGUGGCUGUGUGCCACGCAUUAGGCCAUGUGACCAGCAAUGUCUCAUUUGCUGCAGUUGCUGUUUCUUUCACACAUACCAUUAAAGCUCUUGAGCCAUUCUUCAAUGCUGCUGCUUCACAGUUCAUACUUGGCCAAUCAAUACCCAUAACUUUAUGGCUGUCCCUGGCUCCGGUUGUUAUUGGUGUGUCAAUGGCAUCCUUGACCGAGCUCUCAUUCAACUGGAUCGGCUUCAUAAGUGCUAUGAUUUCAAACAUUUCCUUUACAUACCGGAGUAUCUAUUCAAAGAAAGCCAUGACUGAUAUGGACAGUACCAAUGUCUAUGCCUACAUUUCCAUCAUUGCUUUAAUUGUCUGCAUACCACCGGCCGUAAUUCUGGAAGGGCCUGCACUGUUGAAGCACGGCUUCAAUGAUGCAAUUGCUAAAGUAGGUAUGGUCAAGUUCGUCUCAGAUCUCUUCUGGGUUGGGAUGUUUUACCACCUCUACAAUCAGGUGGCUACCAACACACUGGAGAGAGUUGCUCCUCUCACUCAUGCAGUUGGCAACGUACUGAAACGUGUAUUUGUGAUUGGAUUUUCAAUAAUAGUCUUUGGUAACAAGAUUACCACCCAAACUGGUAUAGGAACGGGCAUUGCAAUUGCAGGAGUGGCACUCUACUCGUUCAUCAAAGCCAAGAUGGAGGAAGAAAAGCGACAAGCGAAAGCAGCAUAAGAAGAAAGGCAUCAAAUUGGAGGAUGUCUUGCACUGUAAAUCAUCACAAAUUUCCUUCAAAAUAAUUGAGCAACUGGUUCAGUAUUGGACUAUCCUUGUGAUAGCGCGCUUUUAUUUUUCCUUUUUUUGUCAAAUAUUUUCUAUCUUUUCUAUUUUUCUCUUGUUCAUUCAGAAAACAAUGACUUGCUGAUUUGCAGUCUUCUCGUGUUGACUGAGAAAUGAAAUAUCCUUGAUUCCCAUAAAGAGCUCUUAUAAAACUGUUAUGAAAUCUGUAAAAUUGGUCGGUAGCAACAGUGCUUGGAAGAUCAUUGUAUUUGUAGGUUCUUUUUCAGAGCCUGCUGGCUC